AUGGAAUGUAAAGCAAAUAAGGAAAACGUCAGCAUGGAUAUGGUUAAAAAAGUUGCAAUGGAAGUGCAACUUGAAAAAUCGGCUGUUGAUGACAGCCUAGCUGUUCAUGGAAACAGUAAUGUAGCAUCAGUGAUAAUAGAAGAAUUGGAUGAAAGUGCUAUCAGUUCAAUGGAUAUGGAUAUAAAUGAAUUUGUUGAAGCAAAGGCAUUAUAUAUAAGAGAUGUAACAGAUGUUAUUCCAAAUUCUACGUUUUCUCUGCCAUGUAAUUUCAACAAGGAUAACGUGGAUAUGGAAGAUCAGGAUAUGCUGUUAACUAUCGACGAGGAAGAUCAGUUAACAAAACAGUUUUUAAAUGGCGAGUUAACGUUCAGUGAAUAUUCAUAUAGAAUGGAUCAGGAUACAGAUUUAGAGAUGAUAGAAAAUGAUACUCCCAGAGUAACAAUUGGAAUUGAUCAUGUUACUGUUGAAAAGAUAGAACAAAAGCAGCAUAAAACAAGUAACAUGCGUCAAAAAAAGAGAAGGCGUGUUUUACCACCAGUUUUGCAAGGACUUAUGGGAGAGGCAAAUUUAAGAUUUGCAAAAGGUGAGGUAGAUUUAGCAGCUCAAAUAUGCAUGGAAAUCAUUAGACAAGUACCAAGCGCUCCAGAACCAUUUCAGACGUUAGCUAUGAUAUAUGAAAAUGAUCAACCAGAAAAGUCAUUGCAAUUUGCUUUAAUUGCUGCGCAUCUUAGUCCUAAAGAUGCUGAUCAGUGGGUAAGAUUGGCUAAUUUGUCAUUGGAAAGUGGUGAUAUAAAGCAAGCGAUAACGUGUUACUCUAAAGCGAUUCAAGCCAGUCCAAAGGACAUAAGUUUAUAUGAGACACGAGCGCAGCUUCAAGAACAAAAUGGAGAUAAAAAAGCGUACCUACGAGGAUAUACAAAACUGAUUCAUCAAUUGGAAGCCGAAGAUGGUGAAUAUAUAAUAAAAUACGCAAAAAUAUUAGCCAAACGUUAUAUGCAAGAAGAUAACAACGAACAAGCAUUAGAAGCAGUGGAGACUAUCUUUGCCAAAUGUCCUGAUCUCAUUACAUUAGAAGAAGUUAAUAUCAUGACUGAAUUAUUAAUAGCACUAAAGCAAUUUCAGAGAUGUUUAGAUAUAUUGGUAAAAUAUACGAAUAUUCAGAUACGAUAUAAAAAGAAUGAGGAAAAAGAAAAAAGCAUAGCAGUCAAUGACACCAAGUCCGACAAGGAACAAGGGUGUAGUAAUAUGAAAGGAAAAGCUACAUCUUCAUCAAGAAGCCAAAAUAGUAACGAGAUAGAAUCUUGCGAUAUACCAGAUAAUGUGGUUGUUGACUUGAAAGCAAAAUUUCUUAUCAUUCUCAUCGAAUUGGAUUACAUUUUCAUAGCUGAAAAACUGUUACCAGACUUUUACACGCGCGAAAAUCCAGAGAUUUCGGGAGAUCUCUUUUUAGAUGUAGCGGAAGCACUAAUGGGCAAGAAAGAAUUUCAUCGCGCCAUGAUUUUGUUGGAUCCAUUAGUCAAAAGCUCGAAUUUUAGUUUGGCUGCAGUUUGGCUAAGACAUGCGGAAUGUUGGGUUGGUUGUAAUGAUAUAGAUAAAGCUACAGAAUCUUACGAAGCUGUUCGAAAAUUGUCACCACAGCAUUUAGGCGCAAGAUUAGCUCUAGCUAAACUUUAUAAAAAGUCGGAACGUUACGAUAAGGCAAUACAAGUUCUUUACCAAGAUCCUGAAUCUGAUACAUUAGAUUCUGACGUUCUGUAUCAAAGAACACUAUUACUUUUUAAAGUUGGGAGAUACGAGGAAUACUUUUCCUCGGGAAUGUUACUUUUCUCAAGACAUUGUGUUAAUAUAAGAAGAAAAGUUGAAUUAAAUGCAUUAGCACGUGCAACAGGUGUUCGACAACGGCUUGAUAGCCUCCAAUUACGUCGUUUAUCAUGUGGAGAAAAGUUGGAAGAUGAAAAUGCGCCAGUGUUCACUACUAACACAAGACCGAGCGAAAAAAAUGAAUUUCUACUUUUCCUACAAAUGUGUAAACUAUCAUAUAAAUUAAACAAGUAUGGUUUUCUUCAAAGAUUAUGUUUUACAGCUCUAACAUCAAAGAGAUUUAAAAAUAGAGACUCUCAUAUUAUCUUUUUGUGUUUGGUUUCUUGCAUUCAUAAUAAGGAUUCUUUUUACGGUUACAAUAUUGUCCGAGAAUUCGUACGUGUCUGUCAAAGAUCCAAUUCGUGGAAUUUGUUAAAUAUAAUUAUUCAAAGAGCAGAAGAUUUGAGACACAACAGAUUUAUAAUGCGAUUACUUGGAAGAGACAUAUUUUCAUAUUUGCAUAUUAUGCAUGCAAACAACUGUCUUGUUUCGGGAACUUACAAAUAUGCUCUAAAUGGUUAUAUGUCUCUCUUUAAAGUAACACCUAGUGCAUUGUUAGCAUUGUUAAUAGGCGUGACGCAAUUACAAAUGGCAUGUCAAAAGAUGUCAGCUAAGAAGAAUCAGCUAGUAAUUCAAGCGCUAACCUUCUUCAAAAAAUACAUGCAAUUACGUGGAGAAGAAGGUCAACAAGAAACUUAUUAUAAUAUGGCACGGGCGUUUCAUCAAAUUGGUUUACUACCGUCUGCGAUUCAUUUUUAUAAGUUGGUCCUGAAGGAAAAUCCAGGAGAUUUAGUUAAUCAACAUGCGAAUCUUUUGGAUCUAAGAAAGGAAGCAGCGUUCAAUUUGCAUCUUAUUUAUCUACAAUCUGAAAAUUACCUUCUUGCUAGAAUGUAUCUUGAAAAUUAUAUCACGAUAUAA